CACGCUGCUGCAACGGCGAAGAGGUGUUGAGUUUGUUUCUUAAGGUUUGCUUAGGGAUUCGGUUUAUGGUCUGACAGCAGUGUUCAUCAUGCCCGCUUAAGUAUCAUAGUUAAAAGAGCUGACAUGGCGGAUUCCACGGAGUUAAAGCUGGAUUUCACUCUGAAAGAACUGACUCUUUCCUGUCAGUCUGAUGAUGUCGAGGUGCCCGGCAGCUCGUCCACCGUGGAGCUGCGGGCCGACAAACUGAUGUGUGUGGAGUAUCCGGCGGUGGUCACCAGUGUGGACAAGAUGCUGGAGACUCUCGGGGGGGAACAAGCAGUGUCCAAAACCUUCGCUCACCCCAACAGGCGUCUUGAGCUGCGUUACCGACCUCAGGACCCUUUCUGUCACUCGCUCUGUGGAAAUCGCUUCCCCUCAAGCAACCUCCUCCUCAGAGUGCGGCGGCGGGUUCGAAAAAAGGACCCCAAGGAUGCUGAGAUUCGUAUGGAUAUACUCGGAGUCAUAGCAACAACAUAUAAGUUCCAAGGACUGGCAGACUUUCAGUGCCUCGCUGUGCAUUCAGAGGGUGGAAAAGACACGUCUUUGUACGACAAAAUCAUCCUCCGCAAAUCAGAAAAUCAAGAGUUCUUUGAGAAGCCCAUGCCAUACUUUCUCCCCCCGGCCAUCUUCUCACGCCUCGACAGUCCUGUGGAUUACUUCUACCGGCCUGACAUCUUUCACAACCAGCUGCCCAUCAUCAAGAAAACCUUUAUUGGUUUGAAUCGCGCCCGUCGGCCACACAACGCCAUUUUCGUAAGCUUCAGUGAUGCCACUGUGCCCACUGAGUGCCUCGAGGCAGCCAGGAUGAACUGGACACGAGUCUGCGUGAAGGAGCAUGACAAGCAGGUUGAAGAACAAAUGAAAAAGAUGUUUGAGAGCCGGCCCAUCUGGUCACGGAACGCAGUCAAGGCCAACAUCAACAUCCACCCUGAUAAACUGAAGCUGUUGCUGCCGGUCUUCGCCUAUUACAUGGUGACAGGACCGUGGAGAAGUCUGUGGGUGAGGCUGGGCUAUGACCCACGAAAGAGCGCAGACUCAAAGAAAUACCAGAUGCUGGACUUCAGGAUCCGCUGUAGCACCAAGUACGGGUAUUCAUCAUCGGACAUGCCAGUAAAAGCCAAGAGGAGUGCCCUGAACUACAGUCUGCCUAUCACAUUCAACAAGGCGGGUCCCCAGCCCGCCAGUGUGAUGGAACUUCCAGCUCAAGAGGGUCCAAGCACCAGUCGAGAUCCAGUCCCAGUCACAUACCAGCUGAAGGAGUCAUCUUACAUUUUCAGAGACGGCAUGCUGCCUCCCCACAGACAGAUGUUUUACCAGCUCUGUGAUUUGGAUGUGGAAAGUAUCAAACAGGUGGUUGAGCAGAACAGCGGUAAUGAGCAGGGGUGUGACGAGCGGGACGGCUGGUGUGUGCUUGGCACCACUGACAAGCUGAGGGACAUAAUCUCAGCCAUGAUCAAGAAGGUCACCCGAGUCCAGAAACCAACAUUGCCAGAAAUCCCCAAGAAACGCACACGCUUAGGAGUGAGUUCAAAGUUCCCAGGGAGAGACUCGGAUGCAGAGGAGGAGCUGCAGGACGAUGACAACAAGGAUGAUGAAGAGGAAGAUGAGGAGGAUGAGUUUCAGCCAUCGGAGGGAAGCGAAAAUGAGAUGGAGACGGAAAUUUUGGAUUACAUUUAACAAAAGACAACCAUUUUGAUGACAUUAAUCUUGACUGUUAAUAUUUGCUAUUAUUCGUUUUUGUAAGACGUGCUACGUAUGAAUUAUUUUUGAGUGAAAUGUAAAUAAAAAUAUUGAGUAUUUCUAAUGUUGU